GCCAAGUGCUUUCCCCUUGUCGCGCUCUUUCUUCCUUCCCUUUUUUUCCUUCCUUUCUUUCUUUGUUCUCUUUCAAUGGCCAAAAAGAAACCAAGUUCAUCUUCUUCUACUGAUAACAAUGAUGUUUUACAGUUUUUACGAAAGGUGAACCGACCUUACAGCGCCACCGACCUGUGUAAUCACCUUCAAGGUAAAUAUACAAAGACAACGCUUGGCAAAACACUCGAUAAACUCUUGGAUCAGGAAUUGGUUGUUUCAAAAACAUUUGGAAAAACAGUGAUAUAUACUAUUAAACAGGAAGACUCUCCUGGUGAUGAUGGACAAGCAAUGAAGCAGGAACGAGACAGGUUAACUCAACAACUGGACCAACUCAACAACGAGAAUCGACAACGACGACAAAAAUUGACACAAUUGAAAUCUACUCCCAAAACACAAGACGCCAAGACUCUAUUGGAAGAAACUAUCAAUUUGAAUACAACAAUGAAAUCACAGUUAGAGACAUUCAAGGAACAAGGCAUAGUACAGAUAUCCCCAGAAUCAAUUCAAAAAAUCAAUCAAGACUUAGUAUCUCAUCGAAAAUUAUGGUUACAACGCAGGAAAUUGUUCAAGGAAAUAUUGGGUGCUAUCUUGGAAAACCUACCGCUUAAAAAAAAUGAAUUACUUGAUGAAAUAGAUUUUCAGGACGAUCCUAUUCCUUACGAACAAGAUCCCUUGGCAUCAUGAUCUGAACCCUUCCACUUGUUUUAUUGAUCCAUAAUUUUAUAUAUAUAUGUAAAUAGUUUAUUAUAACAAACGAAAAAUAAAAAAAAAAGUCUAUAAAAUGUCA